UAAACUUUCGUUAACGGCGGAAGGUACACAGCUCUGCUGGGUAGACAGUCUUUCAGAUAACGUUUAAAUGAUAAACUUUAUCUUUAGGUUUGAGGUUUUCAUCCGGAGUGAGUCGUCGACAUAUCUGAGUAAGGAUGUCUUUAUCUCUAACUCAGAGCCUCAGACUGUCAUCAGGUCUGCAGGAUUGCUCAGACCAGUUGGACAUAGUGGGACAAACACAGCAGAUCAGCAGUGACAGAGGCAGUGCAGCAAUUCAGGAAACAGGCAGACAGACUAUGCUUAAAAGAGACUGUCAGUUCAUCUCACUGCACAUUUCUAAGCUAUGCACUGAGCUGGAGGAGAAAAAUAAAUUCAUUUCUCUUCAGCAGCUAGUGGAAGAGGAUGAGAAGGCUGAGAGUAUAAGAAGAGAGGAGAAGAAUAUUAUCCAGCAGGAAAAGGUGCAUUUAAGGAGAGAAAAAGAGGAGUCACAACAUAAAGCAGAGGAACUGAAGGAUGUAUGCCAACUUGCCAAAGACCUUGGGCGUCAACUUUACGAAAAGUCCAUAAAAGUGGCCAGAAAGAAGGCAGUUGUGGCAAAAAGCACUGAGGUGCAGCUCCAGCAGACACAAAAAGAGACCAUUCAAACUGAGCAGCAGCUGGAGGAGCAGUUAGAGCUGCUUCAAAAACAAAUACAGAGGAAGAUCAAAAUUCAUGAGGAGUUUGAGGCAUUCCUGCAAAACCAAAAUAAGGAAUUAAAACAAAAGCUGCAGCAGUGGCAGGAGAGCGAAAACCACGCAAAGAGAGAAAAGGAGCAGCAGUGCUACAAUGUACAGCGCAAAAGAACAAUACAUUUGGACAAACUGAUGGAGAAAAAGAGAAGGUUCACAGAGAUGAAACAGGUGGUGGUUGAGGACAGGGAGAAACAGGAGGAGCUGCGGCUACAGCAGGCAGAGGCCAGAGCUGCUAUAAAGCUCCAAGCCUGGUGGAGAGGCUGCAUGGUUCGCCAUGGCUUAAGUGGUUUUAGAGAACAAGAGGAGAAAAAAGGCAAGAAAAAGGAAGGAAAGAUAAAGAAUAAAAAGAAGAAAAAAUAAAUGAUGGAUGUCUCAUGAAAGAUUUGUACCACUGUACCAUUUAUGUUGC